AACAAGAUUAGUAUUAAAUAAAUUCCCAGACCCGACGGGAUUAGUAUUAAAUAAAUUCCCAGACCCGACUCCCGUCGCGUCUUACCCUUCCCCUGGUCCUCCUUUGCUCCGCCUGCAACUCCCGUUGCGCCCGCCUCCGCCUCUCGUCGACUCCCGCCAUUCCCGGAUUCCCCUGCUCCUCCUCUGGUCGGCCGGCAAGGGAACAAACUCAGAGGGUAUGGCCGUAUGAGACCAUUCUCCUGCUCGGCCGCCAUUCCCCUGUUUCUCCUCUUCGCCGUUACAACUCCUCCUCCACUUAGGGUUUCGGCUGCGGUUGCCACUGCCAAGAAGCCUUCCAAGGUCCGGAGAUCGUGUCGCAGCCCAUCAAGGACAUCUCCUUCUUGCUGCGCUCUCUGAGGGUGAGUUUGAGCAGGUUCUCCCCUCAUUCAGUUUGCGCUCUUUUUGUCUUCUACCUUCGCAAUGUCGUCUUCCUCCCCCAGCUCUCCAACUUCGACGGGAAAUGCAGAUUCGGAACAGGCGUACGGAGAUACGAAGAAAUUGCUCGAGCUUGCAGUCAGAAUCUUGAGAUCAGACCCUGAAGUGGAAAGACACUGUAACAUGUAUUUGUUUAAACUGCUGGAGGCGUUCCUAGAUACAUCUCUCGCGCAGUUGGCUUUUGAUGAAGAAUGCUACAAACUCAAGCAUGAUUUAGAUAUGGCGAAGCUGAAUUCGUUGAAGAAUCUUCUUGGAGUAACAUUUGAGUACUCUUCCUCAAAUUUUGAGCAAACUUUCAAAAAUCUUAAGGUCAAGUAUUGCUAUACGCGCCUAUUCCCUCUCAAGGAGUCCGAGAAUUUCGACGUGAAGGCAACGAGUAGCAGUGCAUCGAAUAAUGUAACAAGAAGCAGUGCAUCGAAGAAGAAAGCAUCGGCGGCAAGCAGUGCAACAUCAAAGGAAACAGUACUUAAAGCCGGUCGGUUAUUUCGUGCAAUGCUCGCAACAAAGCGUAGUCCGAAAGGUGAAUUUGAUUGGCGUGCAAUCGAAAAGCAGCACACCCAAUUUAUAGUUGAUGCAAGAUUGCCGGAGAAUUUGAAGUACCCACCUCACAAAUUGAGGGGUACGUGGGCCAAUUAUGCAAGCCGUGGUGGUGCUGGUCGUGUUCCUCCAUCACUCAAGCAUGAAUACAUAGAGUUAAUGCAAGGAGAAUCUGGUUCUGCUUUUGCGUCUCGUCGAAAGAAGUUAGCUUUAAGAAGAAGUUCAAGUGAACCAGCUCCUUUUAUAUCAGCGAAAGGUGAUGCGACAUAUGAUAAAGUGGUGGACACGACCUGCACCUUGGCAUCUUUCGAAGAUUUGGGGAGAUACUAUCAACUUGCCACUCAUGCAGUCCACAAAGGACGAGUCAGAUCAAUAGAUGUCGAGUAUUCCAAGGACAUUAUUGCCACCGGAGGAGAUGAUUGUACCGCCGUACUGUUUGAUUACUCUUCAAGAAAGGUCCGGUCAACACUUACUGGUCACUCAAAAAAGGUUACUACUGUCAAAUUUGCGGUUGAUGGUGAGGUGUUCUUGACGGGAUCGGCUGAUAAGACGAUUCGUGUAUGGGAGCGAACUGAAGAUGAGAGCUAUGUUUACAGACACACUUUUAAGAAUCAUAUGGAUGAGGUUCGAGCUAUCACUGUCAAUGCCGAAUAUGUUGUGUCUGCUUCUCUUGAUGCUACAUGGUGGCUCUACGAUCUCUACGGCGACGAUUCCGGGCCAAAGGCAAUGUUUCUGGAACAACCCUUUUAAUUCUGCCACUCAGUUACCAUCAUGAAUGUCGCUGGAUUUGUGAUACAUGUUUGUCACCCCGAAUUUAGGGGGAUUUUUGAAUUUGGUUCUGCAGGUUAAUACUACAGGUAGAGACGGUUCUUGGAUUGGUGCAGGGUACACGGCUGCUGCCUUCCAUCCUGAAGGUACCGUUCUUGGAUUGGGCACUUGUGGAGGUAUUGUCAAAAUUUGGGAUGUCCGAAAACAGGACCCAGUUGCCGAACUUGGUGGGCAUGUCGAGGCAGUUACUGCCAUGUCUUUCUCUGAAACCCAUGCCUUCCUUGCUACUGCUGCAGAAGAUGGCGUUAAGCUUUGGGAUUGCCGCACAUGGGAGCAACUCUGUAUCCCCGAUUUUAUUGAUGCAGAUACACCAGCUAACUCCGAUUUAGUCCAUUGAUGAGAACUAAUCUUGUGGUUGCAGUGACAUUCGGCCACAGUUGCCCUUACUUGGGAGUUGCAACAAGCUCUGGCAUAAGAGUUUCAAACCCGACAGAAGAUUGGAACUGCAUCAAAACUCGUACCGUUUUAUCUGAUACAGGGAGAGUAUCAUGUGUGGGAUUUGGUCAAUAUGCGAAAUACCUUGCCGUGGGAUCAAUGGACGGCGAGCUGCUUUUGUAUGGGCUCCCUGAUGAGGAAGCAAGGCCAGAGUGUUUGGAAACAACUGGUGUGAGAGGGUAGCCAGCCAGUCCUUUUAGCCUUCUGAAUUUGUGGAUGAUGAUAUUCUGUUCUAUGGGCGAAGAUAUUCCGAAUCGGAACGAUAGAUACGAAUAAUCCAAAGU